GGAUGGGAAGGGCGAGACGAGGCAGCUUAAAACCCUGUUACAAACCCCUCCGCCAUUCAGCCAGGCUCCCUACUCGACAGAACCGAGAGUCAAGAGCGAACCGAGUCGCAAAAAAAAAAACAAAAAAAAAGACUUUAAGGUUUUUUUUUCUUCCCACCUUCCUUCGUUUCUCCAUCAGUUUGCAUACUCCCCGUACCGCAGCAGCGACAACAUGCGUGAGAUUGUGCAUCUUCAGGCCGGGCAGUGCGGUAACCAGAUUGGAGCGAAGUUCUGGGAGGUGAUCAGCGAUGAGCACGGCAUUGAUCCGACUGGAACCUACCACGGGGACAGCGAUCUGCAGCUGGAUCGGAUCAACGUCUACUACAAUGAGGCUUCAGGUGGAAAGUACGUGCCAAGGGCCAUCUUGGUAGAUCUGGAGCCUGGCACGAUGGACUCAGUCCGCUCUGGCCCUUUCGGACAGAUCUUCAGGCCAGACAAUUUUGUCUUUGGCCAGAGUGGCGCAGGUAACAACUGGGCAAAGGGCCACUACACAGAGGGAGCCGAGUUGGUGGACUCGGUCAUGGACGUUGUGAGGAAGGAGGCUGAGAGCUGCGACUGCCUUCAGGGCUUCCAGCUCACACACUCCCUGGGCGGGGGCACCGGCUCCGGCAUGGGGACCCUGCUCAUCAGCAAAAUCCGGGAGGAGUACCCUGACCGUAUCAUGAACACCUUCAGUGUGGUUCCCUCUCCCAAGGUGUCGGACACCGUUGUGGAGCCCUACAACGCCACCCUCUCUGUGCACCAGCUGGUUGAGAACACUGAUGAGACCUACUGCAUUGACAACGAGGCCCUGUACGACAUCUGCUUCCGCACCCUCAAACUCACCACGCCCACUUAUGGAGACCUCAACCACCUGGUCUCUGCCACCAUGAGCGGGGUGACGACUUGCCUGCGGUUCCCCGGCCAGCUCAACGCCGACCUCCGCAAGCUAGCGGUCAACAUGGUGCCCUUCCCUCGUCUGCACUUCUUCAUGCCCGGCUUCGCGCCACUCACCAGCAGGGGCAGCCAGCAGUACAGAGCUCUCUCCGUGCCCGAACUCACUCAGCAGAUGUUCGACGCCAAGAAUAUGAUGGCAGCCUGCGACCCCCGCCACGGCCGCUACCUGACCGUGGCCGCCGUCUUCCGAGGGCGCAUGUCCAUGAAGGAGGUGGACGAGCAGAUGCUGAACGUGCAGAACAAAAACAGCAGCUACUUCGUGGAGUGGAUCCCCAACAACGUCAAGACGGCCGUGUGCGACAUCCCACCCCGCGGGCUCAAGAUGGCCGCCACCUUCAUCGGCAACAGCACGGCCAUCCAGGAGCUGUUCAAGCGCAUCUCCGAGCAGUUCACCGCCAUGUUCCGGCGCAAGGCCUUCCUCCACUGGUACACCGGAGAGGGCAUGGAUGAGAUGGAGUUCACCGAGGCGGAGAGCAACAUGAACGACUUGGUGUCCGAGUACCAGCAGUACCAGGACGCCACGGCCGAGGAGGGAGAGUUCGAGGAGGAAGGAGAGGAGGAAGUCGCCUAAGGCUAACGGUCACUCAUAUUUCUCAUUGGCACUCAUCCAUCCUUUUAGCCAAGUCCAACUCUGCUCUUUUCUUUUUAGUUUGUACUUUUCCUUCCUGUCUUGUCCUUUCCCUGCUCUCUUAUUCAUGUCAUCUCUUCCCUGCCUCUUCUGUUUCUGGUCUUCACCUUUUUUCUUCUUCUGCCAGAGUAGGAUUCACACACUAAAAACAUAGCUGACCUUUGUAGCAGUAACAAAGGCUGCAUUCACACAGCAGGUCUUGAUGUGAACGUGUAUGACCCCCAAAGUAAGCCGACUGCGCAGAGGAACGUUGACGUCACGCAGCAGCGCACUGUUUACUGAAGUAACGGUAAACAGUGCGCUGUUUACUGUUAUACCCUCAAACUCACCACGAUCGUAAGAUUGAUAAUAAACUUUAUCGAUCUUAAAGUUUCUUCAGCAAUGGGAAUCAACAGUAUUGUAACAAGAGACCAAUAAAAAGAAAGUACAGCUAACAGCAAUGGCCUUUGGCGGAUCAUCGAUUACACAGUCUAUAGCGAAGUCUGUUUGGAUGUUUAGUCAGAGCCAGGAGUGGUGGGAUUGUGAUGUGAUGCGUUUCUUGAUACAGACUUAUGUCAUAAUCAUAAUUUUCAGCCAUUGUUUGCAUCCAAAUUGCAUUACAUCGCAUGUCUCAACGAUGUGAACAUAGGAUUAAAUGCGACAUGACCAUUCAGACUGCAGGAUCCUUUGAAACAAUCCGAUACAUGUGGAGGUGGCACAGAUUGGCUUUUUUGAGGUUGAAAAGAUCGGAAUUGGGCCGUUCAGACAGCUGUGAAAAAGUCGGACACGGGUCGCACUUGGGCAAAAAACGGCGGACUUGAGUCACAUUUUGCCUGCUGUGUGAACUUAGCCAAAAAACGUGUGCAAGUGUUUUUUUGUUGGUAGCAUUUUCUUCAUCGUCAUCAUCACCAGAUAAUCUUUCACACUGAGCCCAGUUUGAUCACUUGUCUGAUUUGGCAUUGGUUGAAAUAAAUAUAUUAAACAA